UUGACCCACUUUUAAUUUUUGUAGGAACUAGGUAUAAUGAAAUUUUUUUAUUAAAAAAAAAGUUGUGAACGUAACAUAUUAGCCUGAAAUGGAACAGGCCGUCGAGGACCUGGAGAACAAGAUGAAAGAAACCGAUCAGAAAAUGGGUAACCUCGCCCUCCAGGUGGGCAACAUAGAGAGCGAGAUUUUCUCGGAUACCGGGGAACAGAUAGAGGUUAACAAUUUACUAAAGUCGGUGAGCGAGGUAAAAACGAAUUACCAGAAUCUCCGUAAAGACCUUAUGGAGGUACAGGACCUCCAAAAACAACUCAGCUCCACGCUCCAUAUGCAGCUCAAACUCAUGCAGGCCAAAUUCAACAUGUUGAAAGAGAAGUUACCCGAAGCGCCUAUAUCUCAGUCCAAACCAAGUAAUAGAGUGAGGCAGUGCGGACAGGAGAAAUAAGUAUACCUUUUAUUGCGCAGCUUAGCGUUUCGGCAAGAAACCUGUGAAGAUCCAGGCCGACUUGCCAUUUUAGUUGCUUAUGAAGCAGCUUAUGGCGGAUCAUUUUCAGAAAACAAACACGCCGCCCGUCACUUACAUCGACAAUAUUCAAAGUAGCCUAUUUCAUUAAUUUGAAUUGAUGUUUGUGAUCGGCCGCAUGUUGGUAUCAAAUUUUUAUUCAUAUAUUUUGAGAAUUAUUUUUUUUUAAUUAUCCGUUACGGAUCUAACAAUAUAUGUAGAUUGUGAAAGGUAUAUCUGUGACUACAUAUAUAUACAAACAAGGGAUUGUUUUCAUAAUAUUCAGUGUCGCAAGGGUUUCUUUAAAAUAAGAUUUAAAAAAUUUGCAAUGAUCAAGCAGUAAGUCGAGAAUGUAGGUGAGAUAUAACGAUAUAACCCGCAAAGUAUGUCAUAUCUUAAUUGUCGCUAUUACUAGAUAUUGCAGGUAUAAUUAAAUGUUGGGCAGGACUGUAAUCUGCAGAGUAGUUGUUUCUCCAAUAUCAGUUAGCGAAGAACUUAUUAAAUUCAAAACUCAAACCACUCAUAAAGUUUUUCAUUUAAAUUUCUGGUGUCCAUUUUUGCCAAGUUUACUUUUAAAAUUUUAUUUUUAAUUCGUU